CAAAAAUCCAGAAGGAAAACAGUGCCAACACAUGAUCCUGAAGGAUCCUCGUCAGCUCAACUUCUCCUUUAAGAAUGUUCUGAGCUCGCAGCCCUUCGUUGGCCUGUCUUUCGAGAUGGACUACAUGGUCAGGAUUGUUCCGUUCCCCACCUUCAUGAACGACAGCUUUUUUCCUCCUUCCUUCCUGCACACCAACAGUUGUGAAGGGCUUCUUGGCGCAGAUAACCUCGUCUGCAAACCAUUCUGGAAGCCUAAGAUGCUAAACGUCUCUCAGGUCGGCUCAAAUCUGCACAUAGUGUUCGAUCACGCUCCUGCCACGUUCGGCUUUAACGCCUACUACGUUUACUACAAGCUGAGGCAGGACGGCCACUACAAACUCAAACGCUGCAGACAGGAGCUGAACGGCCCCAAAACAACAUGUAUUCUACAAGAUGUCGCUCCAGGAACGUAUUCAGUAGAGCUACGUGAUGAAAAUAACACUACCAGAAAACAGGCUCAGUAUCAUGUAAGCCAAGUGCAUUCUCCAUGGGCUGGUCCCAUUCGUGCCAUGGCCAUCACAAUCCCUCUGGUCAUCAUGUCCGCCUUCGCCACUCUCUUUACCGUCAUGUGCCGCAAGAAACAACAAGAGAACAUCUACUCCCACCUGGAUGAAGAAAGCUCUGAAUCGUCCUCUCAUACCACAGCAUUAAACACAGAGAAACGCUGGCUUCGGCCCAAGGUUUUCAUCUGCUACUCCACUAAAGACUGCUCCAAACACCUCACCGUCAUCCAGAGCUUCGCCUUCUUCCUGCAGGACUUUUGCGGCUGUGAGGUGGUUCUGGAUCUUUGGGAGCAUCUGGAGAUCUGUAAGGAUGGUCAGAUGGCGUGGCUGAGCAGGCACAUUGACGAGGCCCACUUCCUCAUCACUGUCUGCUCCAAGGGCUUUAAAUACUUCAUCGAUAAACUUCACCGCAAAGGCAAGGCCACUUCCAAAGAGAAGAACAAAGAGCUGGUCAUGCCAGACCUGAGCAGCAGUGACAUUUUUGUUGUCGCUGCGGCCAUGAUCAGCGAGAAGCUGCGUGAGGCUCAGCAAAGCUCGGCCGACCUUUCACGUUUCAUGGCUGUCUACUUCGACUACUCGGAUGAGAGCGACAUACCGGGCUGUCUGUCACUGGCGCACCGCUUCAAACUGAUGGACCAGCUGCCCGAGCUGCUGGCCAGACUGCACUCACGCCAGCACGGUGUCCCGGCCGUCAGCAAGCGCAACUACUUCCGCAGCAAAGCCGGCCGAUCGCUUUACGUAGCCAUCUGCAACAUGCACCAGCACAUCAGUCAUGAACCUGACUGGUUCGAGCGACAGAUGAUGCCUCCUGUACCAGCUCCCCCAACCCUUAAACGAGAAAAGCCGGAUUCAGGGCUUUCACUGAAUGAGGUGGUGCUGAAGAAGCCCGCUGAGAGCGAGCGGCCCAUGAGGAAUGUCUUUGUACCAGCUUCGUCGCCGAACGCGGGAACUUACUUUCUCGCGUGCGCACCAUCAAGUUCAGCACAGAAUGAACUCGGGGAAAGUUCAUCCCAGUCAGCGUCACACGAGGUGAACAGUUUGGCGAGGCCUCUGUGCCACACGGAUGGUUCAGCGAGUCCUCCAGAAAUGCCCAGAGACUCUGGGAUUUAUGAUUCCUCAGUACCUUCUUCAGAGCUUUCCAUCCCGCUGAUGGAUGGACUUUCACCAGAUCAGGCGGAUUCGUCUUCUUUGGCGGAAAGCGAGUCCUCGUCAUCUGGGCUCGGGGAUGAGGAGGUUCCGGCUCUAAGCUCACUACACUGCUCCGUCCCCACUAUCUGCAAGGCAGAGCUUCAUCACAUCACUGAGCCAAGAGAAGGACUCAUAGUGGCUGCCUCCCCUUAGUGGCCUUAAUCUGAACAUGCAUUGCCACUUUAUUGCCUGUACUCUUAUUAUUAAUAUAUCAGUGUGUGGGGCCUCCUCCGACACUAAGAACCCUGUGAUUGAUCAGUUUUCCUGAACUCUGUGACUGCUGAGGAAAGCUGAUGUACAUCGUGCUGCAAGGUGGCGCUACUUAACCAAAGCGGCUGUGAACUGGAAAUCCAGCCUUGUGGAGUGUUAAAAGUAAAAGUUACAGUAGUUAGUACAGAAACACGGAUUUAUCAAACGAUGAUCGAAUAACCAGCUACUACAUUUACUGGACUGGACUCGUUCAGCCUGAUGCACUGUGCUGUUGUAUUUUAAAUGUGGAGAUGAUGGAACUCUUUCAACGUUUUAACAUUUUAUUUUGGUUUUAUUUAUUGCUUUGUAUUAACUUUUGUCAUUGUUGGUUACAGACGUUUGAAUGACUCCUGGUUUGAUUUACGGCAAAAUUGUCUUCCAUAUUGGUUUUAGUGAGAACUAAUUACAAAAGUAUUGUUUCUAUUUCAGUUGUUUUAAUCUGAUCAUUUAAAUUUCAAAGAAAUUGAACAUUCACAUAUUUCAGUGCAGACAAAAACGAAAACAAGAAAUAAUUGGCAUCAUAUUUUGUACAGUUUUUUUUUUUUUAGAGUAA